UAUACGCACUGUUAACCAGCCAGUCAGUCAGCUAACCAGCCUGCCUGCGAGCCUUUAGAGAAUUUUUCAACUUGACUGUAAAUUGUUGUCCGACGUCGAAUAGGGCGGCUCCGCACAAGUGCUACUGUUGCUGCUGCUGCUACUGUUCAUCGUUGUCGUCGUAGUCGUCGCCGUCGCCAACGCUGUCGUUUAACGAAAUAUAAAAUUUUCACAUUCUCGGUCAAUCGCUCGCUGUCAAUUUACUGUAAAGCGUGUGUGUUGAUGAUAAAAAAUCUGUGAAAAAAGCAGUAAUGUGAAAAAAUUUGUGAAUUUUGCAAAGAAAAAACGAUUUUUUUAUUUAAAAACGCUGAGAAACGACGGUAUUCGUAUCGCAGCUAAUAAAGCAAAAUGCUGUCAGUGAUUUGACCACAAAAAUAAAAAUCAAAUAAACUCAAUUUAUUUAGUGCGAAUUAACAAAAGUGAAUAGGAUGUUUUGAAAAUUUCUGUUAUUUGUGUAAACAAGGAAAAUCGAGCAAACCGUGAAAUAUUUGAAUGAUGCACGGCAUUGUUGUAUCUCCCUAAUCGCGCACACCAUUGGCCCCUACUUCAUAACACUCACCAGCGCAAAAACAGAAAAAAUAAAUAAAUAAAAAAAUAAUAAAAAUAACUGCUUAGCAACCAUUUGCUGCAGUGAAGUGUGUUUUUAGGCGCUCGCUACUAAUUUGCAAAUAAAUCGUGCAAUAUCUGCAUUUGCAUUGAAAUUUUCCUGUUUUGCUGUGAAUUCGGCCGCUCACGGCCGAUUUAAACGACCUUCAAAACGUUUUGCGUGGAAGCAAUACGCACCAUGGGCUGCGCACAGUCUGCCGAGGAGAGGGCAGCAGCCGCCAGAAGUCGCCUGAUUGAAAGGAAUCUCAAAGAGGAUGGCAUACAGGCAGCCAAGGAUAUAAAAUUGCUGUUGUUGGGUGCUGGUGAAUCGGGCAAAAGCACAAUAGUGAAACAAAUGAAAAUUAUUCACGAAAGCGGGUUUACCCCAGAGGACUUCAAACAAUAUCGGCCGGUUGUCUACAGCAACACAAUACAAUCAUUAGUUGCCAUACUUAGAGCAAUGCCAAACCUCAGUAUUCAGUACAGCAAUAAUGAACGAGAGAACGAUGCAAAAAUGGUAUUUGAUGUUUGCCAACGCAUGCACGACACGGAGCCUUUCUCAGAGGAGCUUUUGGCUGCCAUGAAACGAUUGUGGCAGGAUGCUGGUGUUCAAGAGUGCUUCUCACGUAGCAACGAAUAUCAAUUGAAUGAUUCCGCUAAAUAUUUCCUCGAUGAUUUGGAUCGGUUAGGCGCCAAGGAUUACCAACCAACCGAGCAGGACAUUCUACGCACUCGUGUCAAGACGACUGGUAUUGUUGAAGUGCACUUUUCCUUCAAGAAUCUCAAUUUCAAACUAUUUGAUGUUGGCGGUCAGCGAUCGGAGCGAAAGAAAUGGAUACAUUGCUUUGAAGAUGUGACUGCGAUUAUUUUCUGCGUUGCCAUGUCUGAAUAUGAUCAAGUCUUGCAUGAAGAUGAAACCACGAACCGAAUGCAAGAGUCCUUGAAGCUAUUUGAUUCCAUUUGCAAUAACAAAUGGUUCACGGACACCUCCAUUAUUUUAUUUUUAAAUAAAAAGGAUUUGUUUGAGGAAAAGAUUCGCAAGAGUCCAUUGACAAUCUGCUUCCCAGAAUAUACAGGUGGUCAAGAGUACAGUGAAGCUGCUGCGUAUAUUCAGGCACAAUUCGAAGCGAAAAACAAAUCAACCUCAAAAGAAAUCUACUGCCACAUGACGUGCGCCACAGAUACGAACAAUAUACAGUUUGUUUUUGAUGCGGUAACGGAUGUGAUUAUUGCCAACAAUUUGAGAGGCUGCGGUCUGUAUUAAGUAAUAAAAACUAAAGUCCAGUGCCGCAAGCAAACAAGAAGCGCAUUGCAAGAAUCAUUGUCGGACUCCAUCACCACCGCUCCAACUACUACUACGAUUACCAACUACAACUACAUACCACUACUACAAUCACAAACGCAACCAGAACAACAGCUACUACAAACUAAAUAUUAACAUUAUCAACUCAUCCAAAAAGUACCACUAAAGGAAAGAAGUGAAUGCCUGUGAAUAACUGCGGAAAGAUUUCAAGAAUUUUUAGUAUUUUCUCUGAUAUGAACGAGACAAGAGUUUAUCGAAAACAACAGCGUAACGAAACAAGGCAAAAAUGUUUUUGUAUCAAUUCAAUGGAAUAUUAAAUCUACUACUUAGCUAUUUUAGUUUUAAAUAAUUGCAAAUUUAGUUCCACGAUUUUGCUAUUUUCUUUGAGAACAAAAAAAAAUCGAAAUAUCACAGGAUUAAUAUUUAAACUUCAAAAGAUUUAUGUGAUGAUAUAAUGACGAUGAUGGCGGUGAGUGAUGGAUAGCUGGUUGAAUGGUUUGUUAAGGCGUUGUGCUUUAAAUUGGAGCCGAAAGCUAACGCAACAACCACAGCAGUAGCAGCAGAAGAGCGAAAUGUACAUUUUAGUCAAGCAAAAUAAACAAAAGAGCAAAGUAAAACAUAAACGCGCACACAAACACACACACACAAAGGCAUCAAAACACACAAGGAACUUUAUUACUUAUUAAGCUUAUUAAGAAGAAGAAGAGAAACACAACAAACAAACUUUAUUAUAAUAGCCAGAGAAAACAAAUAAUUAAACAAUUUAAGAAACAGUCAAUGUUAAGUUCUUAUACAUACAUCCAUGCAUACAUAAAAAAAACCAGGUCGCUGCAAUGUAAAAUCUUUGCCGAUUCACUGUAAAAAGCCGAAUGAUUAAUGUAUGUACUGUAUAUACAUACAAACAUUAGAAAAGAAGUGAAAACAACAAAACAAGUGUAAUACGUAAAUCAAAAUUUCGACUUAUAGCAAAUGCACCGUUACUUCUCUUCUAGUGUACUCUAAACUACAUACAUAUGUACAUUAGGCUGAUACUAAGCCGACUAAAACCAAAAGUGACCGAUUAUUACAUACAUUACAUUAUACAAACAUAAUUAUAAAUUGAUUUCCUUUGCUAGUAAGAACGCUGAUGGUGAACACGCACACUACUACAUAUAUUACAUGCAUACCUUUAAAUCAGCACAAAUAGGAACGGAACGAACGCACACAAAUGCAAAAUGUACUAAAACUGCAAAAUGAAAUAAACAGAAAAUACGUAUGAAAGGAAAUCGGCACAAAUGAGUUCAGUUUAGACAGUUUUUGUUUUGUUUUUUUUUUUUUAAUUAACUUUAACUUUAGACUGCGUGUAUGGAUUUCACAUUUGAUAUCAAGGCGAAGUGGUUUGCUAAAAACUGCAGAAAUAAUUUUUUUAUAUUUGUUUUUUUUUUUUUUUGAUUUUGUGUUUAGAUCGACGGCAUUUUUUGUAGGUUUUUCGUAUUUCAAUGUUAUUGAAAGAGCGACUGAAGUUGUGGCCAUAGUAUUUUACAAAGAAAAAAUCCGAAUUUUUUGCUAUUUUUUUGUUUUCUAUAUUGUUGCGUAUUAGUGUUCAAAUAUUUUUAUUUGGCUUCUCGCCUAUUGGAUUGCUCAUCUCUAAUUGUUUUUCAUAAUAAAGUACUAUAGUAUUUUUACCAAAUUUUGAAUCACCUUGAUCUUCAAGAAAAUUUUGCAAUGCUUAUGGCUCAGAUAGUCUGGCGAUGUAUAGUAUGUGUUUCUUCCACCAAAGUAAUAAUCAAUCCAUUUUCAUUAAAACAUUAACAUUUGAAUUGUUAUUAAAAUUUGAAAUGAAAUGAAGCGCAGUAAGGAUCUCAAAAGGAAAAUACGAAAUUUUAUGCUUCUCAAAAUUUGGCUACACCCUGCAUUGGUAAUGGCGCAAAGAGAAAAUACGUGAGAUUAACUUAUUCUAGCGAGCUUACGCUCUUGAUACAGUAUGCAAUUCUUAUAGCAGUGCUGAUCGUGCGAUCUUCAGCGAAUUUCUUCAUGUUUCUUUAUGCAUCUCUGAGUGAGUUUUAAUAAAAUUCUCAGAAGGAAAGUAGUAUUUAAAAGAAUAUUAAAGUUUUUCUGUAAAUUGGUGGGGCAUGUAUGCAGAUCAUGCGAACUUCAUUGAAAUUUUUGAAAUUUUUAAGCUCCACAAGAUUUAGUAAAAUGAACAGAAUAAAAAAUUCAAUAUUUAAUGUAAUAUUUAUUUCACGAUGAAUGUUAAUUUAAAAAUGUUCUCGAAAAAUGUAAAAAUAUUUCACCCCCAAGCAAUUAUCGACUAUCUUUGGUUUUGUUGUACGAGUACAUAAAAUAUAACUCAAUACAUAAAAGUAUAUUCUACUGCGAGUCGACAUUUCCAAUAAGGGUGCCUUAUUUUGUUUAAGCUUCUAUCGAAAUAAUAUAUUUACUUUUUUCGUUGGUAGGAAAGAUAAAUGAAAAAUGCACACAUUACUGCCAUUUCUUUUUGAAAUUUCUUCAGCGGUAUUCAAACCAAACUCAUUAUUGUCGACACGUUUGCGGACAGAAUUUUCCCAUUCAUUCGCGCGUUAUUUAAAAAUAAACAUCGCAAAAAUUUAUUUAACUGCUUGCAACUCUAAUAUUAUUAUUCUAAGAGCAGUUUAUGCAAAUAUGCCGGAAGAAAUUGUUAGUAUUUUAUUUUCCAACAUGGCAAAAUAUUUCGAAGAGAUUUGUUAGCAUUUUAUUAAAUUAUAUUUAUACUGUUUCUUUUUUAUUACUUUAAUUUACAACAAAUAUGUAGGUAUGAAAUAUAAAGUUUUAGUUGCUCUUUUGAAAAUUUCGAACGUUUUAGAGCAGAAAUCAUGUAAAAAAUAAUAAUCCAUUACUCUUCACAGCUAUUCAAUACUUUUAGUCAUUUGGGAAUGCCGUUCAUUAUAUUUGUACUGGAAAUGACAGGCCUCUUUAGUAUUCCAUCUCCAUUUGAAAAGGUAGAAAGUAAUCUGAGAUUUUAUAAGUUUUGAAAAUUUUUGUGAAAUUUCGUGUCUGAACAACCGUUAUAGAAUUUUACAUAUGCUAUAAAAAAACAGGCACCUACUGCCCUAACCACUAUAAAUUCGUAUCGCUACGAUUUCUGCUCAUGUACACCCGAUUGCAAAGUUAUAAAUACACUAUUAUCAAAAAAAUAUAGUUUAUACAAAAAAAACAAACAUUCACAAUACAAAAGAAUGCAAAGUUUAAAAUUUCUUUAAAAUUUCAACUUUAAACUUUUAAUCUUUAGUAUAACAAAGUGCAAGUUUCUAGUGACUACAAAAUACCGCUGAUUUUUGUAAUUUUUUUUCUUUUGUUGACGAUGCUAGGCUUUGUUUUUCAUAUAUAAUUAUGGAGUUAGUAUCGAAAAAAAGGUGUAGCAUCUGAGUGAAAAAACAUUGUCAAAAAUCAAAGGCAUACACAGCAAAUUUGCUUUCGCUUGUUAAAGAAGCUAACAUUGAGUUUUAGGAUAGUCUUAAAUACCAAUGAUCUCACAGACGAUGGAAUACCCUGACGUUUUGUGAAUUUUCAUCCCGCCAUUUAAAUAAAAGUAAAAAAAAAAAUCAAAGGUAUUUUACAGUCACUUGAUGAAACCUU